GCAACUCUCAUCUAUGUUAAUGCGAUAAUCUCAAACUCACGCGUGCAGCGGGAUUUCAUUCCGAGAUCUUACCGUGUGGUCAUUUUCGAGACGUCCGACAUCGGCCGAAUAUAUACAUGUAGGAAAACAUUAAUUAAAAUUGACUUAAAUGCGUGGUACUUUUAUUUGAGUUGAUAAUAGUCCAAUGGAAUCUGAUUAAAAUCACAGUUAUUAAUUAUAAUUGAAUCUAUAACGAACAAGGUAUUAUUAGCAGAGUUGGCGGAAAUAACCGAAGAUGGCCGUUUAUCACCGAUCGGAGAUUCGGCGGAAUUUUUCGAUAUUUGCCGAGCGCGCGCUAAGGAUUGUGGAUUACUAGAAAAAUUGGACAUUGGUAAAAAGGCCACUCGUAUCAAUGGGAAGCCAAUGCAGUGGUCUAUAUCAGUCUGCCGGUGAAACAUGGAAUUAUUGAUGUCAGAAAUGUUGGACGGCAGUAGCGGGACAAACUUUGAUUGAGCAAAACACUGUGUUUCACAGUCAGGUACUUUUUGUUGUCAAGCAUUGGAUCAAUUUUUCCACUGUGACGGAUAUUUGGCUCUUAUUCAUGUGAAUAAUUUGGUAAUCGUGUUGAAAUUGAUAAUAAUAUCUUAACAAAUCUGUGGGCAUUAUGAUAUUUUUGUUUGAAUUUGACAAGCACUUAAAAUGGAUAUACCUGGUGAUUGUGCAGGCCAUACAGGGAAUAUAAGAAUGUGUAUUUUUCAUUUGAGACUUAUGUGGUUUUAAAUGGAAUUGUCAAAAAGACGGUUUGAGGUAUGGGAUAAUCCUAUUCACUGUCAAGGUGACUUUUGGAGAUUGAAAUUUGAGGCAUUAUAAAUUCUUUUAUAAUUUGUCGUAAUGAAAAGUAGAUAAAUUUUAUUUUGAAAGGUGAUUUAUAUAAUCGUAGAAUUGCAUAAUAGCUGUGAAAACUGAGAGCAAGUCUUAUUAUUCCUCUUCAAUGUUUUGAAAUUAAGAUGUAAAGAAAUGUAAAAAAAACAACAGCUAACACAUAUACAGAAAGGAGGCAGUGGUUUAUUUCAUCUGUGGUGUAUGAAUAAGCAAUGAUCAACACGUUGCUGUACUGUUUACCUGGUAACAACAUUUGGAAUACCUUGUGUUGCUAGCUAGCAGUAAAGAUGGGCAACAUAAUUCGGCAUUUCGAGGAGGAGGAUAAGGACUCAGCAUGGCAGGAACAGAACAAGGAGAUAGAACGCAACCCUAUGUACAAGUAUGCAGACCUGUCGUGCCAGGGGAAACUCAUCACGGCAUACAGGAAGGGGGGUGUCGUGGCGGUGCAGGAGAUCGCGCGGAAAGAGAUUCAGCCGUACCUUAAAAACGGGGGGAAAGGCGCUCAGCUGACCAGGUUGGGUUACGUUAAAUGGAUACGAUCAAAAGAAGCCGCUAAAUCGGGAUCCACUGUCUGGGAGACAAAGUCAGACGAGGAGUUGUUACAGGAAUGGGAUGAGCAGGAGAAGAGGAGUCUGAACAAAGUGGUAGACCAUGAGGUUUGCUGGGACCCAGACAAGAGGGGUGGGGUUGGGGAGACGCCCCUCCACCUCCUUUACCUCACAGAUAGUGCCGAACACACCGAGACCGCCAAAAUAUUGCUCAACAUGUACCCCAAGCUGGCCUUGGAUAUCUACGAAGCUGAUGAAUAUUUUGGUGAGAGUUGCCUGCACCUUGCCACUGUGUACGGAGAUUUUGAGUCUGUGAAACUGCUUGUGUCAAACGGCGCGUACAUCAAUCAGCGAGCGACGGGGCGCUUCUUCCUGCCCGAGGACCAGAAAACUGGCCAGUCCAAUGAAACAAACUAUCAGGGCUAUGCAUACUACGGGGAGUACCCCCUAGCGUUUGCGGUGUGUUUCGGCUAUAUGGACAUCUAUGACUACCUCAUAGACAAUGGGGCCGACCCAAAUCUCCAAGACUCAUUUGGAAACACUGCCCUCCACAUGGCUGUCAUAUCAGACCAGGCCGAGAUGUACAAGUAUAUGGUGAAGCACCACAAGAAGCCUGCCCGUCGCGAGAUCCGUAACCAUGCCAACCUCACGCCACUUACCCUUGCCAGUAAACUAGGUCGCCAUAAACUCUUCAAAGAAAUCCUAGAAAUACACUGUAUUGACCUGUGGCGAUACAGCAAUGUAGCGUGUUCUGUCUACCCCCUCACAGAGAUUGACUCCAUACAGUCGAAUGGAGAGCCAAACUUAAACUCUGCGUUGAUGAUCGUGAUAAAUGGGGAGGAAGAUGAGCACCUGGAGAUGUUGGAGGGCGGAGUCAUGCGGCAACUCCUGGAUGACAAAUGGAAAACAUUUGCUAGGAACCGAUUUUUCAAGCGACUGGUGCUGGCAUUCGUUCAUCUCAUUCUGAUCAGCGUGUCUGUCUAUCUGAGACCCGCCGACAAUCUCAACUCAUACACAAAACCUGCAGACGCGAUACGGUUCAUAUCCGAGAUUAUAGUUUGUUUGUUCUGUAUAGGUUACCUUGUUUUAGAAGUGAUAGAAAUUGGCGCACAAGGAGCAAUGGCAUUUAUAAAAAAUUGUGGACAUGCUCCAGCCCACACUGUGUUCAUGAUCUCAUGUUUAUUGAUAUUGCUGUGCAUCCCUGUUCGCUUCUCCGGUCACCAGCAGGUGGAGGAUAUUCUCCUGAUUCUUGCUGUACCCGGUUCCUGGUUCUUCCUCCUCUUCUUUGCAAGGAGUGUGAAACUAACGGGCCCAUUUGUUACGAUGAUUUACCGCAUGUGUAAGGGUGAUCUCCUUCGAUUUGGCAUCAUUUACCUCAUAUUUCUUAUUGGCUUCACUCAAGGUUUCUACUUUCUGUUCCGUGAUAUCAACCAAGACAGCUUCAAGACGCUGCCAUCCACCAUUAUGACCUUGUUCCAGAUGACCUUGGGAGAAUUUAAGUACCAUGACUUUGACCUGACGCGCUAUGCUCUCCUGACAAAGCUGGUGUUUGCCGUGUUCAUGAUUCUGGUUCCCAUCCUCCUGCUCAACAUGCUGAUUGCCAUGAUGGGAAACACAUACCAGUCUGUUAUCAUUAAGUCAGAGAAGGAGUGGAGAAAACAGUGGGCAAAAAUAGUAGUUGUGUUGGAGCGGGGUUAUACCAGGAAGCAGCUACGGAAGUUCCAUCAGGAAUACUCUAUAAAGCUGGCCGGCCCAGCAACUGAGGAUGGGAAGGAACGGGAAGAAAUACGAGCACUUGUGGUUAUCAAAUCCUCACCUAAAACUAAGGCCCGGCAGCGCAAGAUUGCUGUUGGGAACUGGAAGAAACUGGGGCACGAGAUCAUAUUGCAGUUGAAAGAACAGAAAAAGAAGGGCAAAUCUGGGCCCCUUAAACUUCAGAAGGUGGCUCGCAAGUCAAAGAAAGAUGGUGAUUCAGACUCAGAGGAUGAGAGAAAAUUCUCCAACAUCACAGCUCAGCUGGCCUGGGAGAGAGAUAUUGACCUUGCUAAAGGUCAAGCAUUUAUGAAGGACACAAAUUCCGUGGAAAACCGGAAUUCUAAGCAGGCAGGUAUAGGUCAGAUGGGCAAUGGGACGGGUGUACAUGACAGAGGUCCUGACGAACAUACUCAAAUUCCAAAUGGAAAUGCAAGAACUAUUAAAAAAUAUGUCAAAAGGCCGAAUGGCACCCCACGGACAAGCCCUAAAUUAACCAAACAAUUUUCCACGAAUCGUAUAACACCCCUUCCUGUGUAUGAUAACCAAGACGAUAGUAUGAAUGAUCUUAUAUUUGAUGUAGAGGAUGGAAGGGGUCAUAAAACACAAUCACAGACAAGUAGGUCCACAAUUUCCGAUUUAUAUGGUUCUGUGAUGAGUACUAGAAAAAGUGCCGAUUUUGUGGACAGUGAUUUGAUGAUUGUGAAAACAAACGACAAGUAUGUGAAUAGCGUGACUACAGUUAAACCUGGGAAUAAACAAGAUACGAAACAUACUCUGGAAGUGGAAACUUCUCCUGAACGUGUUGGAAGUGCCGAGUCCAAUUCAAAAUAUGAUCAGUGGGCCGAUGAAAUUAUUAAGAGUAGUCGAGAACCUUCUCCGAAUCCUUCCCCAAGUAAAAGUGAUGUUAUAAAUGGCUCACCUGGCAAAUCAGGGAAGCAUAAAAGUAAGAAAAAAAAGAAAGAAAAGAGAUAUUUGACUGGCAAAGAGAGGGAUAAAGAAGUUAAAUCAAGUAGAGACAGGGAGAGAAGUAAGAGUAGUGAAAGAAAGGAGCACAAAAUGAAGGGGAGCAAGACUCCAACGUCAGACGAACUGUUGCUAGGAGACUCAGAUGUAAAUGAAAGUUCCCUUUGAUCUUAGGUGGGGGAAGUAGUUUUUUAUGAUUGGGUAAUAAGGGUGUAUAAACUGACCUGAAAGUCAAUUUUCAGAAUCUUCCAGUUUUUUUAUUGUGCAUUGUUUGUUAUUGAAGUUGGUGAUGAAGGGCAUUUUGGGGCAGAACAUUAAAUGCAAGAGGUGUCAAAUGCAGUAAAAACAUGGGCUUGGUAUGGCGAUGAUCGGAUGUUCCCUAUGAUACUGUAGAAUUUUGUAAAAGUAUGGCAAUUACUUAUUGAAAGUGUAUAGUGUUGCUGGAAUUGUUGGAAAACAGAUGAACCUAAAACAGAUGCAAUAUUUUCUUCUGUGUCAUGUUAUGCAUUUUGACUGUAUUUUAUAUAGCAAAUUAUUUUGAACAUGGAUUGUUUGUGAUCAAACCACGUAGAGAUACUCCACAAAUAUACAGAACAAAAUCUCUUGUUGUGCUAGCAUUUCAUUCAUUUUAUACAUAAAACAUUUGACCUGCAUAUGCUUAUAUUUAUAGGAGGCAAAUGUAAGAGAGGUCUUAGUGAAUUUGGCAAAGAACAUUUAGAACUUUAAAAUUUGGUUCCAGCAGACACUUUUGUUUUGAGCAUCAUGGUAUUUCAAAUAUGGUCGAAACAGAAUACUUUCAUAUUUGUUUAGUUUUGUUAUAUUAUACAGGUUUUUAUAUAUCAAAUUUGCCAAAAUUUGCUAUUGUGAUAUAUGUAUUCCAACGCAUAAUUCAUUCCCAUGGACUAUAUUGAUCAAUACAAUGUACAGUUUUUAUUGCAAAGUUUAUAAUGUCUAAAAUUUGAGUAUGGCUACUCUGUUAUCAUAAAGUAAGAAAGAUAAUUCAUUAUUAAUUUACCUGCCUUACAAACAUCUCAUUUUGGAACUUUUCAACUUUGUAUUGGUGUCUGGACAUAGCUCAUGACAUCUGCAAUCAAUUUUAAUGAGUUUUGGAACACACGUUUAACACUUUGGUUUCAAUCCGCCAAUAUUUUGAGGGAGUUAGGGCUCCUUUUCAAAGACAUAGUUUACCAUUCCUGUGUCCAGACAGGGUGUGGGGGUUUUCGUCACUCCUGUGACAGUCUUGUUGAUUUUGCAAAUAUUUUAUUGAUGUGAUAUAUUUUACUUCCUAUUGUGAUAUUAGUUGUUUAUAUACACAUGUAUUGCAGAGUAUUGUUUAUGCAAUAGUUAUUUUCUAAGAUAGAGUAUCAUUUCCAUUGUUGUUUAAGGGUAAUCUUAAAUGGUUGUGUUUUUACUUCUAUAACAAACUCUCAUCGCCAAAGUUUUGGGUUUUAUCUUUGAUAAGUUUACAGGGACAGUAUUUAUAAAACAUCUUAAUUCAAUUCUUAACUUAAGUCAAUUUCCUAAAUUGAGUUGAAUUAAAGUAAAUGAAUGAAAUGCAUAAAAGCUUCAAGUAUUAUAAACAAAUGUUAUGAAAUUAAAGUACUGGUAUUUUUGACAUUAUCAAGAAAUUAAGCCCAAUGACCAGCGAGGUCUCGAAGUAAGGAAAAGGUCUUACAUGUUAGUUAAGAAAUGACUUAAGAUGGUUUCAUUUAUACCAACUCUGGUCAUGAUACAGUUGUGUUUGAAAAAAACACCAGGAUUCCAGUUUUGAUAAACAAGAACGUUACAAUAUUUUUAAUAUUUUUUUUUUAUUUUUUUAUGUUAAUAAUCAAUAAUUUUGGUUUUAUUUAUCCAUGUUACAUUAUUCUUUUAGAUUUUAUUUAAAUUUUAAAUGUUGUGAAUGUAUUUGAUAUAUUGUUUCUACAAAAAUAUGUGAGUAGCGUGGUCAUUAAAAGUGGAGACAUUACAAAAAUAAUAACAAUAACUUGAACAUGUCUGCAAAAAUAUAUAAAAUAUUAAUGUUUGGACAAAUUUAACAGCCCAUUCAUCACAUCAACAUCAAUACAUUUUGAUAUAUAUACAUCAGUUCAUUUUUUAAAUUAGCCGUCCAUGACUCUGAACCAAAAGUACAUGUAGUAUCCGUCCUAAGUUUGUCUUUCGAGUUGCAACCGACCAUUAGAAAGAAUGAUCUAUGUUUUGAUUCAUGGUCAACAAAUUGGACAAUGGGGUUUCCCCUGGGGGUUCUUCCAAAAUACAAAACCACAUUCUCUGGUAACAUUGUGCCAAGGAGAGUGAUUUGUAUAAUGUUGUGAUAACAAGUUUUGCAGUCAUUUGUAAAUAUUUAAGUUUAAACUUAAGGAUCAUAUGUAAAUACAUGUAUUCACAUAAUGUCAUGGUGAACCUUAAUGGCUCUAUGAUUGGUUGCUGCUUCACUUGAUUGGUUGUUGCUUCACUCUAUUGGUUGUUGCUACACUUGAUUGGUUGUUGCUUCACUCGAUUGGUUGUUGCUACACUUGAUUGGUUGUUGCUUCACUCGAUUGGUUGUUGCUACACUCAACUGGUUGUUGCUACACUUGAUUGGUUGUUGCUACACUUGAUUGGUUGUUGCUUCACUCGAUUGGUUGUUGCUACACUUGAUUGGCUGUUGCUUCACUGGAUUGGUUGUUGCUACACUCGAUUUUUUGUUGCUACGAUCGAUUGGUUUUUGCUUCACUCGAUUGGUUUGUUGCUUCACUCAAUUGGUUGUUGCUACACUUGAUUGGUUUGUUGCUACACUUGAUUGGUUGUUGCUACAUUCGAUUGGUUGUUGCUACACUCAAUUGGUUGUUGUUACACUUGAUUGGUUUGUUGCUUCACUCAAUUGGUUGUUGCUACACUUGAUUGGUUUGUUGCUUCACUCAAUUGGUUGUUGCUACACUUGAUUGGUUGUUGCUUCACUUGAUUGGUUGUUGCUUCACUUGAUUGGUUGUUGCUUCACUCAAUUGGUUGUUGCUACACUUGAUUGGUUUGUUGCUUCACUCAAUUGGUUGUUGCUACACUUGAUUGGUUGUUGCUUCACUUGAUUGGUUGUUGCUUCACUUGAUUGGUUGUUGCUUCACUCAAUUGGUUGUUGCUACACUUGAUUGGUUGUUGCUUCACUUGAUUGGUUGUUGCUACACUCAAUUAGUUGUUGUUACACUUGAUUGGUUUGUUGCUUCACUCAAUUGGUUGUUGCUACACUUGAUUGGUUUGUUGCUUCACUCAAUUGGUUGUUGCUACACUCAAUUGGUUGUUGCUUCACUUGAUUGGUUGUUGCUUCACUCAAUUGGUUGUUGCUACACUUGAUUGGUUGUUGCUACACUUAAAGAAUAUAAGUCUGGAGUUAUGAAAUACAGAUUUGUUAUUAGCUCACCUGGGUUUUUUUUAAGAAGAACUUACUCAUUGUUUUUUUAAACAAAAGUAGUCUUCGUUAUUGUGAUAACCUUGGUAUCAUUGCCGGCAGCAUCGUCACCAUGCAAAAACUUUAUCCUUGGGCAUAACUUGAAAAACAUUCAAGUUAUUAAAAUGAAACUUUGUACGAAAGUUGCGAGAGGAAAUACACACAUGAGUAUCAUAGCCCAUAACUCUGGUUGUAUAAUUAUUUGUGAGUGAUUUCCCUUCUUUAACUAAAACAAAAAAUUACAGAGAGCGUUCACCCUGUGGCUGUUGUAUAACUGCCACACAAGUGCCUAUUCAGUUAAGGAAAUAUUUUACAUUAUUAAGAUCAACCUACAACUAGUCAAACAGUUUUCACCAAACUUUUUAUGUUUUGUAAAAUGUCUCCGAUUGUUAAAAGUAAGAUGAAUUUGUUAAAGGUUUUGAUAAAUACUGUUGUAGUAUUUCUAUAUUAAUGAGUCUCACCCUUGUUAAAGGAGAGAAGAUUGCAUGUAUUUAUUAUGACAACAGUGAAAUAUUUGAUUCAAGCAGAAAUGAUGUUUUUAGCUUGUGUAUGUAUUAACUAUCACUCAUAAUAUAUUUCACUAACAUUUCUUUAGAAUAUAGGUUAGACCUAAAAAAAAAAAACUUAUUUUUUCCUAUAACAUUUUUGUUCCAACUAUCUUAAAGAUAAUACACGUUGCACAUAUCUACAAGAUGUUAAGUUCUAAAUCACACGGUUACUCCUUACAAGUAAAAAUACAAAAAAUAUCAAUAUAAUUGUUUGUUGAGACUGUUGUUUUGAUAUAUUUAUUGUUAAAUUUACAAUCAAACUAUUAGUCAAUUCUGACAAAAUUAAAUGUUUUGUUGUUGCAGAUCGUUAUACGUUUAAAUGCAUAUGAAUUGUUUUACAUGUAUGUAAAAAUCAUUUUUACAAGUUCAUGUUUUUUAACCUGUACAUAGAAAGCCUGCCAUCUGUCAUCUGAAUGUCUAGUUCCUGUUAAGCGUCUCUUGUUCUGUAUACACAAGACAUUGUUGCUAUUAAAUACGUCAAGUUA